CCUCUUCCUCUUCCGUCCCACCAAUCUCCCUCUCCCCCCGCCCGCCGUCGCCCAUCUCCUCUCACCUCCUACGCGUGCUCCUGCCGACGCUCGCGGCCCCGUACCCUGCCAUCUCCUUGUGGCGCGCGCGCCCUGAGCCGCCCGCGCCGGAUUCCGCUAGGGUUUGCUCUCGCCCGAGGCGGCGGAUCGAUCCUCCCUCCGCGCCGAGCUACGGGCAUCUGCUGGUCAUAAACACUCUACACACCAUCAUUAUGUUCUUGUCCAGCAAUGUGUAGCACCUGCCACCCACAAGGCUCCAUCUCCUCCUACGCUCGCACCAACAUUCUAGAUGAUGGCCAAACUCCCGACUUUUAGUCGCAGCGCGCAUAGGAAACCAAACGAAAGCAUGAGGCUCGUUGUAGUGACAAUCGUUGGGGUGGUGUUUGGUUUCUUCAUCGGAAUCUCCUUCCCAACUGUCAGCAUAACAAAGCUUCACUUCCCUUCUAGCAUUGUUUCCUACAUAGAAGACAAGAACUCGGGACUCAUGGCUCAGGCUAUACUCAACCAUGCCUGGACCUCUGCUAGGAACGUGAGGGAGAAUAAUGGUUCUGAACCUAGUUCAAACACUACCAUGAGGAUUUAUGUACCGACCAACCCCAGGGGCGCGGAGAUGCUACCACCUGGUAUCGUCGCACAAGAGUCUGAUUUAGAUCCACGCAGAUUAUUUGGAGAUCCGGCCGAGGACCUACCCACCAGGCCAAAGUACCUUGUUACUUUCACUGUUGGAAUUUCACAGAAGGAAAACAUAAAUAGAGCAGUCAAGAAGUUUUCUGAUAACUUUGCGAUCCUGUUAUUUCACUAUGAUGGCCGGGUGAGUGAAUGGGAUGAAUUUGAGUGGUCAAAACGAGCAAUCCACAUAAGUGUCCCGAAACAAGCGAAAUGGUGGUAUGCCAAAAGAUUCUUGCACCCUGAUAUCGUGGCACCUUACGAGUACAUAUUUAUCUGGGAUGAGGACCUUGGAGUUGAGCAUUUCAAUGCAGAGGAGUACAUUAAACUUGUCAAGAAGUAUAAGCUGGAAAUCUCACAACCUGGUUUGGAGCCUGAUAAGGGAUUGACAUGGCAAAUGACCAAGAGAAGAGGGGAUCGUGAGGUCCACAAGGAUACCGAGGAGAGACCAGGCUGGUGCACGGAUCCUCAUCUUCCACCAUGUGCUGCGUUUGUUGAAAUUAUGGCUCCAGUCUUCUCUAGAGAUGCAUGGAGAUGUGUAUGGCAUAUGAUCCAGAAUGACUUGGUUCAUGGAUGGGGUCUGGAUUUUGCUUUGAGGAAAUGUGUGGAGCCUGCUCACGAGAAAAUUGGCGUUGUUGAUGCCCAAUGGAUUGUACACCAAGUGGUUCCUUCUCUUGGGAACCAGGGACAAUCAGAGAAUGGAAAGGCACCAUGGGAAGGCGUACGAGAGCGGUGCCGGAAAGAAUGGGGGAUGUUCCAGACUAGGAUAGCGGAGGCCGACAAGGCGUAUUACGAGAUGAUGGGCGUCACCCCUCCGAACGUAACAUUCGUCCACUAGGCCUAUGCACGACGCAGCUGUUAAUUCUACUUUUGAUCCCCUCUAGAGCACUUAUGUAGAGAGAGGUUAGGUUGAAUGGUGGUAUUGAUGAUACGUGUAGAUCCAUAUACGAGUUGUCAUAUAUCAUUAAUUGAUUUCGUUGCCUC